AAAAAAUUUUGAUAUAAAAGCAAUUUUGGUUUUUGAAAAUGGCAGUAGACAGGAAGAUGGUGAAAGUACUUUGGUUUUCUGUUCUUCUCAUCGGCACAUCAUGGGGUCAACCACUACCGGACCCGCAACUCAUGUUCCCCUGUCCUUGCCCCCCACCAUGCCCUGACCCCGAGCCUGACCCAUGCGAGCCCCCACCAUGUGACCAGCCCUGUGACCCCAUGCCCCCAUGUCAACCAGACCCCGGCAACGGGUACCAGGAGACCAUACAAUUGAGGCCGUGUGAUCCGAACGACGCUGAAGUGCGUUAUUUGUACGGGCAAGCUCCGGCUGGCGCAGUGAUAGUGAAGCCCGGUAUCAUAAGGUUCCCGACCCCCCAGCCGAUAAUGGUGAAGCCGGGGGAGGUCAAGCCCCCUAGCCCGCCCACCAUAUGGGUCAGACCAGCACCUAUCAACCUUCCAGCACCAGCGCCGAUACGGGUUCAACCCCCUGCAGUACAGCCCCCGACCCCUGAGCCGAUAGUGGUGCGCCCGCAGCCAGUCUACCCCCCGCGACCACAGCCCAUCAUGGUCAGACCACCACCAGUGCAGCCACCCAAACCACCUUGCAUUAAGGUGACGCCGCCAGUGAUCCAGCCCCCAGCACCAGAUACCCUGAUGGUGCAACCACCGAGGAUCGUCGUCCCCCAAGCACCCACCAUCUGCUUCCAACCCCACCCAAUCACAACGUUCAGGACUUGUGGGUGCGCGCGCAUCUGUGUCUGCGACCCAAGCGAGCCGACGCCUUGUCCACCACCCUGUCCACCACCUUGCCCCUCACCAUGCCUCCCACCAUGUCCAGAGCCUUGUGAAUAACCACCAUCCAUCCAUCUACCAAAACUUUCAAAAUUCCCAAAUAACUUAACAACACUUUACCAUCUUCUAUCUUAAUCUAUUGCCCAAACCCCGUCAUCCACCAUUUUAGCACUUGUCAAAAACUUAAUAUCUUGUCCGUCUGCUCAAACCAUUGCAAACUACACAACAUCCAUCCAAUUUGCCAACAAACUUAAUCCAUCUAACUAAUUCUUCUAUAGAUGCUUAUUAUGUCGAUUUUGCUCUUUUAUUUCUCGAUGGCUUAGCUUGGCUUUAUACAAGGCCAAGGCAGUGAGAUUGGCAGCCUAGCUCCUUAUCAAACACACUUUAAGUCUGAUAGCCUACAUUGUUAAAAAAACAAUAAUAAUGUACCCUUUAAACACUUGAUAGCUACCAAGGUGGAAGAAGAUUAAACGCCGAGCUGAUAUCUCUACAUCUAGCGAGGUGGACAAAUCAAAAGUCUUUUAAAACUCCAAAAGUCUGUGACUAACUAAUGGACUUUAGACUUCCUUUUCCAGAUUUUGUUACGACACUCAAGGGGGUCAGCUCGGUCAGAGAAUGAUUUCCUACAGCCCACAAAACCAGACCUGGAUUAGCCUAAAAGUUAUUAAAGCAAAUCUGCUCACUAUAAUGCUCGCCAGAACGCUCGACAGAAUCGCUAAUAUGUUCUCGUAUUUUUCUGUGAUGAUACAUUCGCACGAAUGCUCAUUACAAGUGAAUGCUCAAUUCUACCAGCGGCUUUAUAAUUCUAGACCUAUGAUUCGAUUCUGGCAUAGCUACUUCACUCGCACAAACCUGCAAAGCCUGCAAUUCUCCCAUAAAACCUACAGCAAAUACACAUUUAGAUACUGCUCGACAUCGCAAAGAUCUGCACCGCUACGUCGUCGAUAUUCCUCGGACGCGUACUAAGCGGUUUAGUUCCUCUUUCCUUAUACGCACUGCAAAGAUGUGGAAUGCUCCCAGCUUCAGUUUUCCCCACCACCUACAACAUGGGUAUUUUCAAGUCAAGAAUGAAUAGCCAUCUUCUAGGCAAGCGCGUUCGGCCAUUGCCCUCUAUUAACUAUUGACCAGUGUUGAUUUUGUGUGGAAGACAAUUCCAAUUCCCCUAACCUAAUAAACUUUUCUAAAAUCUAUUUAACUAUCCCUGAGCAAACUAAACUAAAAGUUUACUCAGUUGACUAAACCAUUACCAAUAAAGUAUUUAAAGUUUUAUUUACUUUGUCCAUCUAUACCUAUUUCCCCGAAUCUCCUACAUA